UUGUCCGGGUUCUGUCAUGUGUGAAGACACAAAGGCAGUUUGUGUGUGGCAGCGCUGAGAGUCCACUAUUCAUCGGGCUUUCUGUGGGACACGCGGACAUCUCCACCCUUUAUUAUUAUAUCUGCUUGUUAGUUUUUAUUUACAUGCAGUUGUUUAACAUCUGGUUUGGCUCUUUGGUUUUUUAUUGUCAACGAACCCAAUAAAAAGUUAGUUAUUCCAGAUCCGAAGCUUUUUGAAUCGCUGCCCGAUUAUUUUGGACAAAAACAACCAACAGAACCAAUCAGGGCUCAGAGGGCCGGGUCGACAAUGGGCUCGUUUUGUUCCCGCGCUGGAACUCAAAAAAUGACAAAAGCUACCAAAGCCAAAAUGGCGGCGAGGGCAGAAGAGAUGGACGGCGCCGCGGGGAGGCGGCUUUCUCCCAACCCGCGCUCACCAAUGGACUACACAAACAGCUACGGAGACACCAUGACCUCCUCCGUGGCCAACAUGACCAUCAGCGACCAGCACCGGCAGGAGAACGGGGUGCAGGGGGGGCACAGGAGCCCCGGGGAGGCAGUCAUGAAAGAGACUGAAGCAGGGCUCAGUGAGAACGGGGUGACCCCUGUUGGUGACCUCGGUGACGACGAGGGGAAACCCGCAACCGGAGGAGCAGCUUCCACAGCUCAAGGAAAGAUGGAUAACGGCUCUGCAGAUAAGACUCAAACGUCCACCAAACCAGCCGCCCCCCUUAAAAGACCUUCCGUAGUCACCGGUGGCGACCAGGCCCGCGCGCCCCCCCGGAGCGGCUCCAGCUCCACCCCCCUUAAAGCCGGAAGUCUUGCUGGAGCGAAGUCUCAGACCCCCGGGGUCAAGGCUUCGGUCAGGACCGCAGAUGGGAGCGGGCAGAGCAGCCCCGGCGCUCCCAAAUCUCCGGGAAGCCAAGCGCUCGCCGCCAAGGCUGCGGCCGAGGCCAACCGGGUGAAGAAGGUGGCGGUGGUGCGCUCCUCGCCCAAAUCCCCGGGCUCGCUGAAGAGCCGCCCGCCGGCGCCUCUGGCCGCCGCCGCGCCCAUGCCGGACCUGAAGCACGUCCGCUCCAAGAUCGGCUCCACGGAGAACAUUAAGCACCAGCCGGGAGGCGGGAAGGUGCAAAUCCUUCACCAGAAGGUGGACUAUAGUAAUGUCCAAGCCAAGUGUGGCUCCAAAGACUUUGUGACUCAUGUACCCGGAGGAGGCAAUGUCCAAAUCCUGGAUAAGAAAGUGGACGUGGGGAACGUCCAAGCUCGCUGUGGAUCUAAAGACAACAUAAAGCACACGCCCGGGGGGGGCAAGGUUCAAAUUGUUGAAAAGAAGCUGGACUUUAGCAACGUGCAGUCCCGUUGCGGCUCCAAAGAUAAUAUGAGACAUGUACCCGGUGGAGGCAAUGUUCAGAUUGUGCACAAAAAGAUCGAUCUGACCAACGUUCAAUCGAAAUGUGGAUCCAAAGCCAACAUCCGCCAUAAGCCAGGGGGUGGAAAUAUUGAGAUAAAAAAUGAGAAGAUUGAGUUCAAAGGUCAGUCGAAGAUCGGCUCUCUGGACAACAUCGGCCACGUCCCGGGAGGAGGACAACGGAGGAUUGAGAGCCACAAGCUGAGUUUCCGCGAGAGCGCCAAGGCCCGCACCGACCACGGCGCUGAGAUCGUGUCCCUGGAAGACUCCCCCCACCAGCUCAGCACCAUGUCCUCCUCCGGCAGCAUCAACAUGGCCGACUCCCCGCAGCUCUCCACGCUGGCCGACCAGGUGUCCGCCUCUCUGGCCAAACAGGGCUUGUGAAUGCACCCCCCCCCCCCAAGAACCCCCCCCCUCCACUUCCUCCCCCCCAAACCACACGACCACUUAGAGGUGUUGCGUCGCCUUCCUCCUUGUUUUCCACAGGACUUUCUCAGCCAUCACUGUUUAUCCUUCACUAACCGUUGUCCUGGAGGCAGAAAGAACAACAGAGUAACAUCCGCCAUGUUUUCAUCUCUCUCUGGUAUUUGAGCCCUUUAUUUGAUAAUUCUACCUUUUGUAAGUGUCCCUUUAAGAGCUCAAAUCACCCCAGUAGAGCCAAACUCUCCCUCUGAAUCUGAGGAUGUCCUCCUGAUGUGUCCUGGUGAAUCUGAGGAUGUCCUCCUGAUGUCUCCAGGUGAAUCUGAGGAUGUCUUCUCAUGUUUUCUGGUGAAUCUGACGUCAUUUAACACCUGGUUUCCCUUUUAGAAGAUCAUGUUCUAAAUGUCUCCUGGUAUUUCUUUUGAUGAAGCCUAGCUCCAGCGUCAACAGGGUUGUAAAGAGAAAAGUAGCAUAAUAUUUCGUCAAGGCAAAGGGGAGGGAGGGGGGGGGGAUAAAAUGCCUUGAGACCUCAGUGCUGUCUUUGUGUAGUCUGGACCCCACGCAGGUUUGACCUGGAUCUAAAAAACAAAAUAAAAAAAGGGAACGGCUAGAGUAGAAACUUUGGUUUGUGUUGGGCACAGUUUUAUAAUCGUAUUCUGUGGAUAUAUGACAUGUAUUUGAUAUGAAGAAACAUUUGUAUUGUGCCUGCUACUGUCAGUGUUAUUUUUUGUUACUGCUCUAUUGUAAAUGCGCCGAAGCUUCAGGGUGGGGGAAUUAACCUUUUUUUUGGCAUUUAAAAAAAUGUGAUUCAUGGCCAAUUUAUUAAGAAGGAAUAGAAACAGUUGAUUGGUUCCAGUAUUUACAGCUAUAUGCACAUAAAAACUAGUUAGGAUAAUGUUCAGCGCGAUUCUGAAGUGAGACUACGUAACUUUGGCUUGACAGAAAAAUUGUGAGGCAACGACCUGGCUAGCUAGCAAGCUAAGUGGCGCUUAUUGUUAGCGACGGGGUGUGUUCUCCACUUAGCUUGCUAAUUGCGCCACGAUCUUAAUGCUACGUAAAUUAGCCAGCUGCCCCGCUAGUAAGCUAGUAUCGUGCUACUCGCCGCCAUGCGUUUUUGUUACAAUGGUUAAAAGUAGCUCGUCUGUUGAUAGCAACGAGCUAGGAUGACGCCUUACCUUUCGUACCGUUACGACAGCUCGUUUUCGUCGUAGCUACGAAGCCUGCGGUUAGCGCGCUACUGGCUACCAAUGGUAACGGUGCACAUAAAAAUGGCCGCCUCUGACUAUCCCGCUUCCCGCGGGAAUCUACUGCCAUGUUAUUUCUAUGCUAACAUUAGACGCCAUGAGCGACGGCUCAUCAGUGUGUUCAACUAAGUAAAAAACACCGUUUGACUUUUAAUUUGUAGUUCCUCUCACUAAAGCUACUUAGUCUCACUUUAAAUGGUAGUAAAAUAAACUAAAAAAAGUAUUUUAAUGUACUCAACCUGAAUGAGUAUUUCCGAUGGAUGAUGACUGGUUGAUUGGGCCGAGUCGAGAGCAGAGGAACAUCAGCAAAGAGGUCUUCCCCUCAGGUCACGUUUAUCCAGGUCUCUGCUUCCUCACAUGGCCUAAAGUUGUGUGGACUGAAGGUCACGCGCAUACGUUUCCAACAGCAGUGUUGUCAUCAGAAGAGACUCAGAGCAUUAACGCAACCACAGGAAUCUGGAAUUUUCUAUUUGUUGAAUGAGGCGAAGAAAACCAGCUGCUUUCCUCAAUCCCUCAGAACUAUAUACAUGUGCUCAAAAGCAUCCUUGAUUACCCCGGUGGCUCAUUACUGUUACUCACAAUAAUAUGAGAAAUUUCUUGCAUGCACCUCAUGUAAGUGAAGGGAGUCCGCUCCCCUUUUCACAAAGUGGUCUCUUUGUGUAUCCUCUUAUCAACGCUUUCUGCAUUUUGGAGAAACCGGCCAGUGAAAAACAGCAAAAACAAACAAACAUGCGUUUCUUCACAUUUGAUGCCGAGAUAGAAGAAAAGCUGUGAAGAUGCAGCUUGAAACGGGCAGACGGGACUUUGGGGAGCGCAUGUCAUCCGCAUGCAGAGUUCUUUUUAAGAAGAGCCCACUCAUCUCCAGAGGGGAGAGCCCACUCAUCUCCAGAGGGGAGAGGUCACUCAUCUCCAGAGGGGAGAGGUCACUCAUCUCCAGAGGUUCUCUGCAGUAAAACUCUCCACCUUUUCUUUCAUUUGGUUUUUGGGGUUCGGUCUGCCGCUGUACGGUCUGUGGAAAUGUGAUUGUUCUCGUUGUUGUGCAUUUGAUCAAUAACUGGUUUAUGAUGAUUCUUGUUGCUGUAUGUGUGUAUUUCAAAUAAAUGUUAUGAAGCCACA